ACUCGGUUGUCAACGUUAUUGAAUAUUCCUUUUUAAAUAUCCACAGAUUAAUCCUUUACACAUUUUGAUAAUAGUUAAUUGGAGUAGAAAAUAUAGAAAGCAUGUUAAUGACUUAUUUUUUGAAGGAUUUACCGUUUCAGCAUCUGCAUCAAUAAGGAAUUUAUUCAGUUGGAUUGGAAAAAAAAUAAAUAAAUAAAGUAAAAUCAACUUUACCAUCAAGAACUUACUGAAGUAUUGAAUUUUCCCAUCUGCCACUGUUCAGUAUGAAGAUCAUAAAUUUGCAUUUUGAGGACAAUGAUCUCUUCAGCACCGACAUAGACAAAGAGAAAUUUGCUUUUUUACAAUCACAUCCAGAUCUCUUCAAGAAAAUGUGGAUAUCACAGGGAAAGACAUUUUGGCUGAGGUUUCUACUCACAUUUGAAACCGCAUUUUAUGAUUGCAUUGAUGUUGUGACGCUGGCAACAACACCACAGAGGAUAUUUAGUUUCACUUUUAUUUGCAUACAUAAGCAAUUGGUUGAAAAAAAUGCUGAAAAAGCAAAAUUAUUUAUUGAGCACUUGAUUAUUGUUAUAGUUCAUUUUCUAGAGUUUUUCUCUGAAGGUGAAAAUUCCGAAUUGGAGCAUUUGCCUCGCAUUUCUCUGGACGAUCCCAAAACAAAGGAUGCCUUCACCAACAUAUUUGGUGCGUCUAAAUUUGACGACGCACUGCCGGCCGACAUAAUAUUUUCAACCUAUUAUUUAUACAUGAAUUUUUAUAAUGCUGUUGCAUACCUUUUGAAAAGUUGGAUUUCAGAGCAUGAACUGACUCCUGCAGAAGAAAAAAGUAUAGAUAAUCAGGUGCUGUACUGGAUGCCAGAUCCAAACUGGUUGAGUGACAAUUUCCGUCCAACUUGUUUUAAUCGUUACCUUGCAGACCAUUAUAAAGAUAAAUUGCCGAAACUGCUGCUCACUUGUAACAUUCAUAACACUUUUAGCAAUCAUAAAAAAUUAGACUGCUGUGAACGGUUUCAAAAUGAUUUGAAUAUAUUUAAAGCUCUCAAAAGUUCGAAAGAAAACGUGGAAAUGAAAGCAUUCGGUGUGAUUAGACCUCUGAUUGAGAGUUGCAGUACGCAUUCUCACUGUCGACGCAAAAUAAGACAUGAUGCAAGUUGCACAGAGCCUUUUAUAUGUGAAGGAAGCAAACUUUGCUUACGAAGUUGCGAGACGAAUCUCAAAGAUGCGACAUCUGACGAAAAAGCAAAUAAAGAAUUUUGGAAUAUAUUUUCGGCAGAGAUCUAUUCCUGCAAAAAAAAUAAAAGAACUGUUGCCACCUUAGCUGAAGCACACAGCAAAAACAUUGAAACAUUUGUACAUUCAGCACAUGAACAUCCUUUAGAUUUUUUAGAUCAAAGUGCUAGUUAUUUUGGGCCAGAAAUGCUCAAUUCUUAUCAUCAGUUCCAGAAAAAAAUUAGCAUAAAAGCACGCCUAAAGAAAAAAUUGUCGAAAAAACAGAAUUGUUCUCCGAAUAAUACUUUUAAUUUUCCUUUAGAAAACUUGGAAAAUCCUGUGUUUCAGAUGCUGUUACGCGAAAAAGCUCAAAAGUUGAUGAAGGAAUACUUGCGUCUUGAUAAAUGCAAAUUGUUUUACGAAAAAUUAAAAAAAACUGCCAAUAAAACUAUAGCCAAAAAUAAAGAAAAUGUUUUGCCAGAUGAUUGCACUUCCUUUACCACGGUCGGAGUUAGUACAAGAGAUGUAGUUUAUGGAACAGUAGUUCAGUCCUCUGAUGCUUCUGAUUCAGGCUGUGUAGCCUGUAAGUGUACAGUUCCAGUGGUGCCAACUGAAAAAAAGACUAAAUCUAAAAAAAAUAAAUCACGGAAGAAAGAUAAACAAGCUAAAAAGGUGUCCUCUGAGACUAAUAAGGAGCUUCCAAAGUGCCAACAAGAGCCCUCCGAACUUACUAUGAAUAAUAAUGAUGGUGGCAAUGAAGUAAAAAAUGCAAUAAUACAAAACCCUGAUAAACUUUCAAAAAUUGAUGUAACACCCAAGCAGAAACUUGCAGCUGAUCUUGCUGCAAAUAAUAAUGAUGGUCCCAGAGAAAUAGAAAAUGCAACAAUACAAAAUCCUGAUGAUCUCUCAAAAACUGAUCUACCAGAGCAAAAACUUAAAGCUGAUAAGCGUUAUAUUGAUCCCUGUAUUAGAGCUGCAAUAGAAACCGGGUUAGAAAAGUUUUUAGAGCUCCUGGAAGAUUCGGACAGCAGCUUGGCAUAUACGGACCACAGCUUUGAGUCUUUGGAGCUGAAUAAUUGUGAAAAUGAUGUGCCUUGGGAUGAACCAAUAACGGAUGAAAAUAAUCAUGAUCUGAAGACAUCACCACAAGCAUCUGGAGAAAAUUCGGUGAAGACUGAAGAAUUGGUUGGCGAAGCUGCGGAACUUCCUAAAUGUCGAGAAGUCCAAAAUAAUGCAGUCCCUCCUGAGGGUAAAAAACAUAUUGAAAGGAGUAAUGAAAAUAAUGUGAUUGAUGCUAAAAAUACUGUGAUACCAAAUGACAGUGACAAGAAGGUAGAAGAAUUUUUAAAAUUAAUCCAGUCAGAAAAUACUGUGAUAUCUUGUAAAGUAGAAAAAGAUGCAAAGGAAUCCUUGAAAUCUAGUAACAUCACCAAGGAGUUGGCCCCUGGGAUUGCAAAGCCGGAGAGGAGAACAAAACUCAAAAUAUGCGCAUACUGUCAGGCCCAGGAACCGAAGCGCAAAACGUACAAGAUAUGUGCUCGUUGCUACGAGGAAAAGUUCCGGGAACAGCGUUACUAUUGCAGCUUGGAUUGCCAGUUGGAAGAUUGGGAGGAAAGACACAGGGAUGAGCAUUUAAAAAAAGUAUAAAGAUUGAGAAGAUUCUUAUUGUAAUCUUUUAAUAUUUACAAAUAUAUAUAUAUAUAUGUGUAUAUAUAUUUAUAUGUGUGUGUUGUGUACAUCUAUAAUCAGGGUACCGAUUGAUAUCAAAUAUGUUGAUUUUUUACUGUUUUUCUUUUAUUUUGACCUUAAGUUGAUUUUUUAUUAAAACUGUUGAAGCUGCGAGAAGACCUAAAUGGAAAUGUAAGAGGCACAAAUAAUUGAAACAAAUUGCUUGCAAGUGUUUCAAGUCUGCUUACAUUCUAGACACAGAUUGUGUUAUCAUCUAUGAUGAUAAGCUGCACUUUUUCUUACAAAAGUGAGUUGUGUAUUAUUUGCUUUUAGUUGUAAAGAAUUUAUUUAUUUUUAAAUGUAUGUAAAAUUGUUUUUACAUAUUAUAUAACCUAUGUGCUAUUUUAUGUUUUGCAGUGAAAACAACUUUGUUCAAUUUGUUUUAUACCAGUGUUUAUUAAUUAUU